CGAGGUGAGGGCAAAAAUGGAAUUUAAUAAAAAUAGUAGCCAAACAAAAAGAGUUUCCCUCGUCCAAUCUAGUGGAUAAUGGAUUGAGAGCUCUUUGAAGUCCAGCAAAACCAUGGUGGCGUUGUCUUCCUCACUCGCUCAACUCACUCCACUCCACCACCACCACCACCUUCACAUUCACCUCCGCCCAACCACCUCCACCGCCGCCACCAUCUCCUGUCUCAACGAAACGCCACGUCAUCACUCUCAUCAUGACGAACCCCCAGACCUCACUCUCCGCAAGCACAACUCCAAGUCCACCGCUCUCCUCCUCCACCGUCUCUCCCGCCACCCUAACCCUAACCCUAACGACCCCCAGCACCGCCGCCAGCUCCCUCCGGAGAACAAAGCCUUCGAGCUCUCUCUCCUCCCCAAGCGCACUCCUCAGUUCCCCGGCUCCAUCUCCGGCGACUCCUCCUCCCCGACGCCGCUCCGCGACGACGACGACGAACACCGCAUGAUAAUGCGGGCUCUGGAGAUUCGCCGGAAGGUCACCAAGGAAAUGUUCAAGGAGGCUAUGAGGACGAAAGGAAAAUUCGGCAUCACCUACGCCACCAAUUUGACGGAGACCUUGACCGACUUCAUUGAUUACGUCAUGGUCGAGGCCGCCGCCAUGAAACGCUCGCCGGAGUUCUGCAAUUCCACUUUCAAUUUUCGCGCCAAGACUGUUAUUGAAAACUCCGAGGCUGUGCCCUGUAUCAGGUGGUUGAAGCAUAAUUCACUUUCGUAUCCCCAAAUUGGGAAGCUCAUUUGUAUGUCAAAGGGAGACCUGGGGUCAAUUAGACGCCGUGCCGAGUGGUUGAAGUCGAUUCAUGUUAAGGGGAGGUUUAUAGGGGUUGCGCUGGUGAAAGGUGGGGAUUGUUUUCUGGAGCGCAGCGAUGAGGAAUUGGAUGAGAUUGUUGAGUAUUUGGAGAGAAAUGGAGUUAGGAGGGAUUGGAUGGGGACUGUCAUGAGCAGAUGUCCGCAACUCUUGUCCUACAGUUUGGAGGAAGUGAUGGCUCGUGUGGGGUUUUACUUGGAUAUGGGAAUCAAUGACAAGGAUUUUGGCACAAUGGUCUUUGACUAUCCCAGGGUACUUGGCUACUAUACUCUAGAUGAGAUGAACCAAAAGGUGAACUAUUUGAAGGAAUUUGGCCUUAGUACUGAGGAUGUUGGCAAAUUACUAGCAUUUAGGCCCCAGCUGAUGGGUUGUGGAAUAGAGGAAAGAUGGAAGCCCCUAGCUAAGUAUUUGUAUUACCUUGGAAUUACCAGAGAUGGUAUGAGGAGGAUGCUUACCAUUAAACCGAUUCUUUUCUGUGCUGAUUUGGAGAAGACCAUUGUGCCAAAGGUAAAAUUUUUUCAGGACAUAGGCAUUCGAGAUGAUGCCAUAGGAAAAAUGCUUGUAAAGUUUCCUCCGUUGCUUACAUACAGUCUAUACAAGAAAAUUCGGCCAGUGGUGAUAUUCUUGAUUACCAAAGCUGGAGUUAGUGACAGAGAUAUUGGAAAGGUUAUAGCUUUGGGACCAGAGCUCUUGGGAUGCAACAUUGUGCACAAGCUUGAGGUUAAUGUAAAAUAUUUUCGAUCACUUGGCAUACACGUUAGCACAUUGGGUGAGAUGAUAGCUGAUUUCCCCAUGCUGCUCCGAUACAAUACAGAUGUCCUCCGUCCAAAAUACAGAUACCUGAGGAGAACUAUGGUCCGCCCUUUGCGAGAUCUGAUUGAGUUUCCAAGGUUUUUCAGCUACUCUCUUGAGGGUCGAAUUAUUCCUAGGCACAAAAUUCUGCUAGAGAAUCAUAUCAAUUUAAAGCUACGAUACAUGCUCGCUAGCACAGAUGCAGAGUUUGACAAAAGGGUCAAGAAUAUAGUAGAAAGGCGUCAAAGAUUUGAAUCUGGAAUCACCAAUGAGGACUUCUCUAAUUCCCAACUCAGUGAGGACGAUGAGUCACCUGUGAAGAGAAUUAUGCUUGAUGACGCUGAAACCGAGGCAGAAUCAACUAUGUUUGAUGACACUGUAAUUGAGGCAGAAUCAACAGUGUUUGAUGACACUGAAAGCGAGACAGAAUCAAUUAUGUUUAAUGACACUGAAAGUGAAGCAGAAUCAACUAUGUUCCAUGACACUGAAAGUGAGGCAGAAUCAUAAUUACUACCAUACAAACUCUGCUUGUCACAACUGUCAUGCCACACUCGACAGAAGAAAUGCUCACUUUUAGGUCACCACGAUUUCCUAUAUCUCGAAAUUUGCAGUCCAGCAAUUAAGAGGAAGAGAGUUUAUCCAUCGCCAUGAUUUAUGAAAGCGUCAAACUGGGAAGAAUAUGAACCAUGGAGCCGGAUGAUGCCAUUAGGUACGCAGCGUAAAUGAAAAAUGCUUAUUUCGAACCUUGUACAGGUAUGGAAGAUGUACCACCUUUUCCUGCAUGGUUCUGUUUCCCAACAAGUCAUGACUGUUGUUAACUGGAUUUUGGCAUCAGCAUUUAGUUUAGUCCCUGUUUCGGGGGCCCUUGUGUGGAGUGUUGGCAAGUUUGCUCCUCAAACAAAAUGACGAGAUUGAUUGGAAAUCUACCUCGUGCAGUAUUGCAAUUGAUUGGAAAUCUUCCUCAUGCAGUAUUGCAAUUGACAAAAA